AUAUGUUGCACAUUGCAUCUCUUGUCAUUCUAAGCUUGGCAGCAGCGUUUUCAAAAGUGACUGAAAGCCGUGGGAUACUAGACAGCAUACAAAGGUUUACUUUACUGCCAACCUACCUACCAGUGAGCUACACCAUCCAUCAGAGUGAUGUUUACUUUUUUCUCAAAGAAGCGAACCAAGAUAUUAUGAGAAACUCAAGCCUGCAAUCUAGAAUUGAAUCUUUUCUUAUUUAUAAGGCCAAGAAACAACCUGUAAUGAAUGCAAGCUAUGGGCCUUUUUUUGUUCAGCAAACGAUCCCACAGGACACACUUUUACUUCUUAACAAUUUUGAAUCUAAAGAAAAGUUUACUUUUAAUUGGAAAAUUAAAGCCUAUAUCCUUAAGGAUAAAAUUUUUCCCACACAACCACAGGUGCAAAUAUUGUUUUAUAUUGUAGGAAGAGACUGGGAUGACUAUAGCACCACUGAAAGGCUUCCUUGUGUAAAGGUGUUUGCCUUUCGUGAGACAAGAGAAGUGAAAGGGAUGUGCAAAUUAUAUGGUGACCUGGGGUUGUGUGUUGCCCAGUUGGAGCUACUUUCUGGUUGGUUUGAUCCACCAACAGUGGUGGCUGGACGUAAAAGGAUUUUUGAGCAACCUGAAGGUAGUCCUGUGGAGUUGUAUUAUUCUGUUCAGCAAAGUGAUGAGAAAGGAGAAUGCAUUAAGGAUGAAGACAAGGGAAAAAGUGGAAUGUGGGCACCACGGAAUUACAUUGAUGAUACUGGUCCACCAUUACAAAGAAUUGGAAGUGUUUAUCUCUACCAGAUGAAAGAUAAUCAUUCCAUUGAUGUGCAUUUGGAUGGUAAUGUGAUAAUUCGCUCUUUUUCUCGGAAUGUAAGAAAAGGUGAAACUUUAACCUUCUAUGUGCUGAUCUCAAAAAACUCAACACAAACCAAAUUCAAGUUAAGGGCAAAAGUGACGGAAGGUGUGAAUUUAUUUGGUAUGAGAGCAAGCUCACAUUUAUGGGAUGUGAAACAAAACACAGAUGUUCAUGGAAAACUGUCAUCAGUCAUUAUCGACUGCCAAAGGACUGUCUCUUUUGCAGAAAUAAGAACGGAUGAAGCCUUCUAUGAAAUUUUCCAGAUAGAUUUUAGAAUUGGCAGUGUAAGUGACCCAUCAGGGGUCCAGAUAAUCACCUGGCAGAUCGAAUACCUUGGACAAAGCACAUCAGACCUUGGUGUAUCCAAAAUAUAUGUCACCGAAAGAGAUAUUAUAGGAGUGAUACCUCUGUCAAUGGAGGAGGAGAUUCUGAACACUGCAAUUCUCACUGGCAGGACCGUAGCAGUUCCAGUUAAAGUGGUCUCCAUAGACAAUAACGGUGCAGUUACUGAUAUCUCUGAAGCUGUGGAAUGCAGAACAUCUGAUGAAGAUGUACUAAAGGUCUCUGACCGAUGUGACUAUGUUUUUGUAAAUGGAAAGGAAAUGAAAGGAAAGGUUAAGGCUAUUGUGAAUUUCACUUACCAGCAUUUUAAGGCCUCUCUAGAGAUGACAGUCUGGGUACCUCGUCUCCCUCUACAAAUAGAAGUUACUGACACUGAAUUAAAUCAGAUUAAAGGAUGGAGGGUCCCAAUAACGGCAAACAAAAGACCAGCCAGAGACAGUGAUGAUGAUGAAGAUGAUGACAAGAAGGGAAGGGGUUGCACACUUCAGUACCAACAUACAGUUCUCCGUGUGUUUACCCAAUUUAUAGCUGAGUCCCCUGAUAUUGUUGGCCAGCUAACAUACAUGUUGGGAUCUGACUGGCAAGUAGACAUUACAGAUUUAAUUAACGAAUUCAUACAAAUGGAUGAACCAAAAGUGGUUAAGCUGGAAGGACAAAUUUUGAUUGGACAAGAAGUUGGAAUGACAACAUUGCAGAUUUUGUCCCCUCUUUCGGAUUCCAUAUUGGCAGAAAAAACAGUGAUGGUUGUAGAUGAAAAAGUGUCCAUCACAGAUUUAGGCAUUCAAGUGGUUACUGGACUUUCCCUUUCAGUUCAGCUCAGCACAGGAAGCAACAGAGCAAUCUAUGCAACAACUACAGCACAUGAACAUCUUACUUCUCAAAAGCAGGAAGUUGAAGUUAGUUGCUGGAUCCAAUUUAGUGAUGGCACUGUGAGCCCACUGGAUAUUUAUGACCCUAAAGACUUUACUUUAAGUGUUACAUCAUUGGAUGAACAUAUUUUUUCUGUUACCCAAGAUUCCAAAUCUAAGUGGCCUGUAUUUGUAGCCACAGCAGAAGGACAAGGCGGUUUGGUCAAGGUCGAACUCCUGAUAAGUGAGCUGUGUCAAAAAUCGAAAAGAAAGAGUGUUCUCACAGUUGGAAUUGGAAAUAUUAAAGUUAGAUUUGGUCAUGACAAUGAAAGUAUUACUAAUAAUUUGGAUAAUUUCCGAAAAUAUGUGACGGACAGACGUAAAAAAACACUGCAAGGUGUUAAGCCAGAAGGGGCUUUCUUUGGCACACCUUCUAUGGACAGAGAUGUUCUUACCAUGAACAAAGUAACUACUGAUCAAGCCCAACUAAGCAAGAAGAGAGAGCGGGAGAGUCUUUUGGAUGAUGACAGACACCUGGCAAAUGCACCAAUGGAUUUCACUAGCUUUCCUGCACAUGUUGACCUACCUAGUAACAAUGGAGACAUGGAAGAAAAUGAUCUUUCCCAAAAUGGGAGAGGAUUAAGUGACUUGGAAAUUGGAAUGUACGCUUUGUUGGGGGUAUUUUGCCUGGCCAUACUGGUUUUUCUCAUUAAUUGUGUGACAUUUGCUUUAAAGUACAGGAAUAAACAAGUCCCUGUGGAUGAGCAGGAGACAAUGACACAUUCACAUGACUGGGUGGGGCUUACAAACCGGACAGACCUUUUGGAAAAUAAUUUAAACUUUCCAACACAAGAUGAAUGCAUUACAGCUGUAGAAAGGGGAGUAAACAUUGUAGAAAGUAAAUACCUUAUAAGUACAAACCAUCCCAAAAUUGUAAAUGGACAGGCAUACAGGUCUGCAGAGACAUCCUUCAAUGAAGUGAAAGAGCCAAGGGGGGAGCCUUCUACCUCACCAACGUCUAAAAGGAAACGUGUAAAAUUUACCACCUUUACAACUAUUCCCACUGAGGAUGGAUGUCCUGUUGUAAACCCUAUUUUAAUGAACAUUGAAGAUGAUAUUAAGUGGGUAUGUCAAGAUAUAGAUAUGGGGGACUGCAAAGAACUCAGGAACUAUAUGGAGAGGUUACAUGAAAAUGUUUGAAAUAUUCUUUAAGCACUUUUUUGGUUAAACUCAGCUGAGCAUU